AUGGUCUGGCCGCUCGACACGCCCACUGCCGUCGCCGACGCCGCUAGGUCCCUGAUCCCGGACCUCGAAAAGAUUCGACGGGGUGCCGACGACAUUCUCGCCAGGAGCUCGGUCGCCUCAGGAUCGAAGCAAAAGACGAAGCGACGGGUCAAGAAGAGGAAGAACACGUGUGUGCCCCAGGUCGGGUUCAACGUCACCAACCCUACUUCGCCGGGUUCGUCUUCUUCGGCUUGGGCCACCUCUACCGCCACUGCGACUGCGACUGCCACUCAGUCCGACAGUCAGAGCAAGAUCGGCAACGAGCACAUCGCCACCGGGUCUGCCACGUCGACCGCCUGGAGCUCGGCUAGUAGUGCGGCUCAGUCUUCAUCGGUCCCCAACCAGCAGUACAACUCGCUCUGGAACCUAGAGGAGACGUGGAGCGGUAACUCGUUCUUUGACCACUGGGAUUUCUGGAACCACAACGAUCCCACGCACGGAGUUGUCAACUACGUCGAUGCCGGUACUGCCUGGAACGAAGGCCUCGUCUCGAUCAACGACAAGGGUAACGCCAUCAUGAAGGUGGACACCACUCAAUGGAUUAGCGGCAACCGUAAAUCCGUCCGACUUCACGGCAAGCUCGUGUUCACCGGAGGUCUCGUCUUGAUGGACGCCGUCCACAUGCCCGUCGGUUGCGCCACCUGGCCCGCUUGGUGGCAGAACGGUCCCAACUGGCCGAUCGGUGGAGAGAUCGACAUCCUCGAGGGUGUCAACAACUUCAAGAUCAACCAGGUCUCUGUGCAUACGGAUAACGGGUGCACCAUGCCCGACAACCAAAAGCAUACGGGGUACUUGACCACGGGGAACUUUGACAACCGAAACUGUGCUUCGUACGCUACCAGCAACCAGGGUUGUGGUGUGCGAGACGCCGAUCAGACCGCUUACGGUGACGGAUUCAACAACAUCGGAGGUGGUGUCUAUGCCAUGAAAUGGGACAAGUAUGGUAUCAACGUCUGGUGGUUCAACCGUAACAACAUCCCCGCCGAUAUCACCGCCGAGCAGCCCAUGCCCGACCAGUGGGGUCUUCCCAUGGCCAACUUCCCUUCGACCCAGUGCGACCCUUACAAGUACUUUUACGACAACAUCAACAUCUUUACCAGCACCCUCUGCGGAGACUGGGCCGGUGGGAUUUGGAACUACGCGGAUGCCGGCGAGACCGAGACUUGCGCCCAGAAGACCGGGUACGCCAGCUGCGAGGAUUACGUCAGGAACAACGGAGACAAGUUCCAGAACGCCUACUGGGAGGUCGCCUACGUCAAGUACUUCAACUCGACGACCGAGCUAUAA